AUAGCCUUAAAUCGGAAGGGAGCUGCUUCUCUGUGGUCUUCCACGAGAGCUGCCUGGGCUCUGCUGGCUCAGUAAUAACUGAGUGACCUUUUCUUUCGCUGUAUUAUGUCUGGCUGGUAAGGGAUUGCAUUUUGCAGCUGAUAAAGCCCUGACUUCAUUCAACUCGGCUCCUCACACGCUGCUUUAGGAGAAGAGCUACAAAGCAGCCACUGUGCUUAUUGAACUGCCUCCCCUGUAUCGCUUAAUUGAGAAGGUAUACAAAUGCUCUCAGUCCAGCCAGACACCAAGCCGAAAGGUUGUGCUGGCUGCAACCGUAAGAUUAAAGACCGGUAUCUCCUAAAGGCCCUGGACAAAUACUGGCAUGAAGACUGCCUGAAAUGUGCCUGCUGUGACUGUCGCCUGGGGGAGGUGGGCUCCACGCUGUACACCAAAGCCAACCUUAUCCUUUGCCGCAGAGACUAUCUGAGGUUAUUUGGAGUCACAGGAAACUGUGCUGCCUGCAGUAAGCUCAUACCUGCAUUUGAGAUGGUGAUGAGAGCUAAGGACAACGUUUAUCACCUGGACUGUUUUGCAUGUCAACUUUGUAAUCAGAGAUUUUGCGUUGGAGACAAAUUUUUCCUGAAGAACAACAUGAUCCUGUGCCAGACAGACUAUGAGGAGGGUUUAAUGAAAGAAGGUUAUGCACCCCAGGUUCGCUGAUCCAAUGCCACAUCACUAAGAAUACAAAGCACUAUGUUCUUUUAUCUUUUUUGCUCAACGUGUAUAUAAGAAAUGACACAAGAACCUACUGAAUAGCGUAGAUAUAGGGAGACAGGAUGGUUGCGUGAAAUAAAAGGCGGACUGCAUCUGUAUGUAGUGAAAAUUGCUCCAGUUCAGAGUUGAAUGUUAAUUAAAAAGGCACUGUACAUACCGCUGGAUUCUUUUUUGCUUGCUAUUGGGGUUUUUGGUUUGUUUGGUUUUUUGUUUCUUUUUGUGUCAUUUGGCAUGAGAUGUUUAUUUUGGACUACUGUAUAUAAUGUAUUGUAAUAUUUGAAGCACAAAUGUAAUACAGUUUUAUUGUGUUACCAUUUGUGUUCCUGUUUGCUUCUUUGUAUUGUUGCAUUUAGUACAAUCAGUGUCUAAACUUACUGUAUAUUUAUGCUUUCUGUAUCUACCAGCUAUUUUAAAUGAGCUGUAUCUUUCUAGUAAAAAGAAUUAAAGAGCAAAUCCCAACCAUUAUGCUACACUUAGAGCUUAAGAAUACUGUUUACAUUAAAAUUACUUAAAAAAAUUAAAACUCUAGCAGCACCUGCUGCUAAUGACGCCAUGGUUAAAGGUCUAUCAGCCCUUCUCUUAUAAGCCUCUAUUUUUCAGGGGUUAAGCAUCUGUUGUUUAAUUGCAUAGAUUUUCCUCAAAGAGCA